AUGUCUAAAAUAGAAAUUAUAACCGAAAAUGUAACCAAUGGGCAUACAGGUGCCGUUCAAACUAUUCAAUAUACUCAAUCUCAAAUGGUUGGUCAUGGAUCAUUUGGAGUUGUAUUCCAAACUCAAAUAUUACCUACUAAUGAAAUUGCUGCUAUGAAAAGAGUAUUACAAGAUAAACGAUUUAAAAAUCGUGAAUUACAAAUUAUGAAAUUAGUUCAUCAUCGAAAUAUUGCUGAUUUAAAAUAUUAUUUUUAUACUAAUAAUGAAAAACAAGAAUUAUAUUUAAAUUUAAUCUUGGAAUUUGUACCAGAGACUUUAUAUAAAGCCAGUCAUUAUUAUGUUCUGAAACGUUUAAGUAUGCCACCAUUAGAAAUUAAAUUAUAUUGUUAUCAAAUGUUUAGAGCAUUAAAUUAUAUUCAUUCUCAAGGAAUUUGUCAUCGUGAUAUAAAACCACAAAAUUUAUUAAUUAAUCCUGAUUCUGGUGAAUUAAAAUUAUGUGAUUUUGGUUCUGCUAAGAUUCUAAAUCCAAAUGAACCAAAUGUUUCAUAUAUUUGUUCAAGAUAUUAUCGAGCUCCUGAAUUAAUAUUUGGUGCUACUAAUUAUACUACUAAGAUUGAUGUUUGGUCAGCAGGAUGUGUAAUGGCAGAAUUAAUAUUAGGACAACCUUUGUUUCCAGGAGAAUCAGGAAUUGAUCAAUUAGUUGAAAUUAUUAAAAUAUUAGGUACCCCAUCAAAAGAACAAAUUAAAUCUAUGAAUCCAAAUUAUAUGGAACAUAAAUUCCCACAAAUAAAACCAAUACCAUUAUCAAAAAUAUUCAAAAAAAUGAAUAAUGAUUGUAUACAUUUCCUAAUUAGAAUAUUACAAUAUUCACCAAUUGAUAGAAUUUCAUGUAUUGAAGCUUUGGUAGAUCCAUAUUUUGAUGAAUUAAAAAAUAUUCAAACAAAAUUACCAAAUUAUCGAAAAAUUUUUAGUCAACAAUUUCAUCAAUCAACAAAUCCAAAUACUCAUUCGAAUGCUGCAAAUUAUCAAUUAUAUAAUUCUCAACCUGAUUUAAAAGAUUUACCUCCAUUAUUUGAUUUUAAUGAUCGAGAAUUAUCAGUAGCACCAGAAUUAAAUUAUAGAUUAGUUCCUGAUUGGGCAAUGGGUCAAUUACAAUUGAAACAACUGAUUAAUCAUCUAAAUGAAUUUAAUCCAAUGAAUCCUGAAGAAAUGAUUGUAACACUUGAAUAA